AUGGAGAUCACCAAGUCAAGAUACCUCCUCUGCCUUGUGCCACAGGACAUCAACCUCUUUGACGCCUUGCAGAUCGUCAUCAUUGCACUGAUGCACCUGCUCAAGCGCAGAUACAACGUCUACUUCAAGGCUGACAACACCACACACCACUGCUACAGCUCCGUCUACUGUAUCCUCAGUGACCAUCCCUUGCAGGCACUGUGUGCCAGAUUAGCACAGGGCGGCUGGGGGUCGUGCCAAUACUGCCACAACCUCUCAGCCUUCUUCCACGAGGUGGAAUGGCCAAUCAAGCGACGCGGCAACUACUGGAGUGUCUAUGACGCUCACGUCGCGACACUCAAGGACUCCAAUGAAGGAGUCUGUGGCAAGGUUGGCCCCGCCAAUGAGAAAAUAAAGGUGCAUGGCUGGGGCCAACAGAGACACUUGCAGUACACAAGCACAGUGCAUGGGCUUGAGGAAGAGCUCAACAAGGUGUUCAAGGCUUUCCCACCAUUCCCAGGAAAGCAGAGCUUUGCAAACCAGACGCAGAUCAUCCAGCGUAAUCCAAACGGCAAGGUGGUGGUGGGGCUGACAGGAGGCGAAAUGGACAGCUUCCUGCAGGUCGCUGAGCUCCUGUUCAAGGAGCGGGUGAGCAAUCCACAGGAGCGUGAGUGCUGGCAAAUCCACAUCAAUAUCGUCCACCUCCUGCAGCAGGAAAGCUUCAAUGCCAACAACCUCAAGAAGCUCAAGAAGCUGACCAAGAGAUGGAAACAUCUCAUGGUCAAGUUCUACGGCGGCGUUGCUGAGCGGCAGUGA